CACUAGCUUUUAAACUUGAGUUUAUAAUCAACAUGAGGUUUUUGGAUUUUCUUUUGGGUUUCAUUUGCCUUUUUGGAAUGUUAAGCGUAGUCCGUCUGUGUUCAGUCAAACUCAGCACUAUACCUGUACAGGAGAACUUUCAAUUUGACAACUUCACUGAGUCUGCGUGGAAUACGGUUAAAUACAACAAGUUUCCUCCUAUGGGAGGAAGGAAUAUCAUACCCACGGAUCAACGUUCUCUCUUUGGAUGGAAUGGCACCGAACCAAUUGUAACUAACACGGUACGCCUUCCAAAAUCUAUGCGCUUUAUGUGUUAUUCAGAAACAGGCAAGGUCCAAUUUCUUGAAAAUAAUCCCGCCAAGAUGUUCUUACAGUAUCGUAACAAGAGAACAAAAGCAACGCAUGAACAGAAUCAGUGGGUUUUAUACACGGACUACAACCAUAUUGCUAUCCUGUACUCCUGCGAGGCAAAGCCUAAGGAGCUGGUGGACGGAGUGUGCCCAAAAGAACAUAGAUACGUUUGGAUACUUGCCAAAAAGACAUCUUUAACGGAAGCGGAAAAUAAAAUGGCUAAAGAUAUGGCGGCUGACGUGUGUGUAACGGAGAGUCUCAAGACUGUUGAUCACUUACGGCCUUGUAACUAAGGACAGUGAAGGCUCUCAGACAAUGCCAAAUUUUUGUUUUGUUUUCCAUUUCAUGGCUUCAUAAUGAUACCAUUUUGCCUUCAGUAGGAAACAUUGGUCUCGGAAUAACAUUAGUUUAAUGAAUGUGAUAUUGUCUUGGAAUGACAUUAAAAACCACUGUUGCUUUGCUAUUUAUUUAUGCCAAGGUACAACGAUUGUUAGGGAGAUAUCAUCAUUUUUACAUGUGCCAAGUAUUCAUUCAUUUUAUUUUCUUAUUUCCUGUUUCAGUUUUUUUGCUUAAUUGAAAACGUACGUUGUUAUAAGAUUUGUUUUAAUAAAAAUCAUAUAUAGAUUUUAAUUAUA